GAUUAUCGUCUACUUUUCACAAGCUAGUCACCUAUGAUCAAGCAUGGCACCGAUAGCGUGCUCUCGCUACGUUGUGGCCGCAGCAUGUCUCGAGUACCUCGCUCAGCAGAGCCUUCCCCGUAUCCUUCGCAACACCAAAGCGGGAACCGACCGUGACAUUCUCCUUCUCACCAAUCGUAUCGUAGGUGGUCUACACUCCCUCCUGAUCGGUUUCGCAGCAUGGCGAGAGACUUCAAAAGAUCACUGGAAGCAGGACGAUUUGAUCAAGACGAAUAGCGAGCUCGGUAAUGUGAUUAUAGCGCUGGAAUUGGGCUUCCUCUUACAAGAUACGCUGUUCCUCAUCCAACAUCGCAAAGCUUGGAGCAACCGGUCAUCACUCAGGAGAAUCUUACUACAUCAUCUGGCCUAUGGCUUCCUCAGUGCAUGGUGGUUGAGAGCCAUCGAGAAGAAGUAUAGCAAGGGAGGAGCAUAUUUCGUCAUAAGCUUUUUAAUGAUGAACCUCUCCAACCCACCGAGGUACAUCAUGUGGUGUGUCAGAAAGUACAUGCAAGGGUCAGAUAUCAAGCAACAGCUCCUUACCCUCACUCAUCUCGUCUCGCUCCUGAUUUACGCUUGGACGAGGCUCGGAGUGCCAUUCCGACUCAUUCACGUUUACGGGCAGCGUAAAGGGCUCUCAACUUAUGAAGCUUUCAGCUCGCUUCCCUUUGUAUGCCGAUCAACGACCUCUGUGAUCGCGCUUGUCAGUCUAAGUCAGCUGCUACAACUGUCAUCCCGAUGGCCUCGAAGCAACGGUAAAUGAUACAAACGAUGGCAUCUCUACAAUGGACCUCACAUGAAUUCCAAACCCUCCCGAUAUAGUCUCUCAUGUUCCGACCUGUAUCUACCUUGCUUACCAUCUGAGUAUGUACCCAUCAAGCGGUCCGCCCAGGUCACUUGAUCGUCUCAGCUUCACCUCAGACUCGAUCACUCACGAUAUGGCUGGAAAUUGACAUUUCCCUUUCGAUGAUGCUCGGCGUGUUCCUCGGGUCCGGCCGCCCAACCGCUGGGUAAGAGUCUGUGAUACCCAUAUGGGAGAUCCAAGCCGCAGUGGUUCUCGACCAGAAGGUACAAGAAGAUCGGGACGAAGAUGGUCCGGGUGAGAGGAUGGGCAGACAUGGCAUGGAGGGCGAUGUUGGCAGAGGCGAGGAGGGUCAGUCGUUCGGUCAAGCUCAGUCUGCGGUGUAUCAGCGGAUAGUCGACAGUCUUUGUACCUGACAUACUGGUUGGUGACCUGAACAUG